CCAUACACCAAAAAGCACCAAAGCAGGCGUUUUCACGAUUGGGACUUCAAAACCCAUGGACGCCUUCCCAAUCAACAGACCCGUGGACGGCUUCUUCCGCAUGCAUGUUCAGCUCAUGCAUUACUACCGGGCAGUGCUUCCGACGCCCCGGUCGCGGCUGCUGGUCGAGUCGUUCGUGCUGCUCGCUGCAGUGCUGCUCCUGUCGACGCUGGUCCAGCUGCACUCGCGAUUCGUCCCUCCUCCACUUCACGCCUAUCAUGACAAGCAUGACAGUCCUAGUGAUGGCGGUGAUGAUGAUGGUCUGCAGCUGGCUGGGCAUCGCUGCCUUGCGUUACGGCUCAGCGCUGCGAAUGCAUUGCCGCUCAAUCUCGCUCCAGCCAGUCCGCCACUGCCGCCGCCGCCGCUCAACGCACACGGCGAGUAUCAGAACGCAGAUGCAAGUACAACUGGCCAGUCGGAUAUGACGCUGCAGCUGGCGGACGCCGCGUUCGUGCUCGGCCAGCCACUUGCAGCCAAACCCAUUGAGCCGCCCGUCACUGCGCCGCCGCCAUUCCAGGUCGUACGAGUCACUGUCGAGUCGCCAAUCAAGGCCAUUGUCAGACAGACGCUGCUUCGAUUACCAGCAGAUCCAUUGUCAGAUCGAGCGGCGCAGCGAACGCCCGGAACAGUCACCAAGACUGGCAAAACGCCUCGAUCAGCGACAGAAACCGCUCAGACUGCUCAGACUGCUCAGCCAGAACAUCCUCAAGAACACGAGGCCACGGACGAGAGUCUGCACGACGCUGCAGCGCAGCAGCAGGCAUCGAGUCGGUCAACAGCGUCAAGCCGACUCGGAUCCAUCCGUCGGCCGCAACACGAAAACAUUCACGCGAUUCGGGCGCUCUUCCCGGCCAUCUUUCCAGAGCUGGCAUAUGCAUUGCAUGCAUACUUUGACCCGGAAGCCAUCGACGACGACACCCAUCCGGACAAGAAUCCCGACGACGACAGCGAGGCUCGCCCGCCGUCCAAGCCAUGGCGUCUGUCCAUUCUGGCGCACGCAAUGCUCGAUAUCAUUGGCGCCAGAUCGCCAGUUCGUCUCAUUUCGGCGUUGGGGCUGACUGAGCGUCAGAUUCGCCGUGCAGCAGAGGAUACGACUCACAAUGACAACGCUGCUGUCGUCGUUGACGACGACGAUGACGAUGAUGACGACGACAAUGGCGAUGGCGAUGGCGAUGAUGACGAUGACAACAGCACGAGCUCGAAUCAGAACACGGCAAAUCAGUGCUCGUCCCAGUCGGUGACAGACGACAUUGCAGGCACUUGCCGAGCCACUGCCGCUGCGGACGAUGCCUCGCUCCGUGCUGGCGCGGACUAUGGUGACACGGCAGACCUGGACUCUGCCGCGUUCACUCUGCGGCACCAGCACUUUACUGAAGCACGGGUGGACGAGCUGAUGGCCUCCGUCUCGUUUGAUCAAUCCGUCUUUGAGUUUGCGCCCGAGCUCGGCUUCCUGCAACUUUCCGAGAGUGCCCGCCACGCUCUCAACAUUUCUACCAUCUCCAUUACUGUUGAUAGCGCGUGUCUCGGCGGAGCGAGAACGCAUUUGCUGCUCGACACUUUUUCGGGCUACGAGAGUGUUUUGCUGCACAGUUUUUCCGUUCUGUCAAACGGCACAGGUUACCUGUGCAACGAGGACAGCGGAGAAGUCUACAGUUUGGCCAUGCUGCAAACCGUGACACAGAACGCCCGCACCUGGGUGGGAAAGGUGGACAUUGCGCUUACAUCCGUCUUUCUCGUCGGCGCCAACGCCGUUCUCGUGGGUGUGGUGCUGAGAGAGGCGCAAAACCGGGCGCUCCAGUUGGCCGUUGCCGCUGAAGCAAUUGUGCGACAGAAUAGCAAUGCUGUGCGAGUUGGGGCACUUCUUGUCGAGUGUAUCAACACUGCUGCGUGGUUUUUAGUCCUCGUCGGCAUGGUUUACUUCUUGGCCGACUUUUUGGAUGACCACGCACUUGCCAUCCUUGUUUACUUGCAGCUGUGGUUGUUGCAACUGUUUUCUGUCGUCUCAAUCCGCUGUGGAACAUCGCUCAUGUACUGGGCGCGCUUUAUCGGACUCUUCCAGUUUGCCUUUUACACUUACGUGCUGCUUUGCCCGUACACCUUUGCGUACCUCGCGUUCGUCGUGUGCGCGCUCUUUUCGCUCCACGUCACGCUGUUCUUUUACAACCGCUUUGAGAUUCCCGGCGUCGAGUCUGGCCUGAUUGCCGAGCAACGCCCGCGACAAGUGCGCAUCCUUCACCGCGGCGGCCCAACAGCAGUGCGUCAAAUGGGGUUUCCAGGCCGGUUUGUCAUCCGACCGCCAGCCGGGCCCGUCGUUCCAGCGAUUCCCCCGCCAAUAUCGCCGGUAUUUAUGUUCCAGCCAGCAGCCGAUGCCCCGCAUCAGGCACCAUCCCCUGCCCCAGUCCAGCCACCACAGCAGCCACAACAGCCGCAGGAACAGCCACAAGUUCAACCACUACACCCACAACAACAGCCACAAGCUCAACCGCCACAGCGCGCACAGCCACAACAAAGCGUUCUGUGGGUGAGACAAGGGGGUGUGUUUUCUCCGGGAGUGGGGCGACCGGCUCCGAACACAGCUGCCGUGCCAGGACUGCGAGUUUCGGUAUCACUACCAGCGGCCGUUUCAACAGCAGCAACAGCUGUUGUUGCAACACCUGGAGCAGUUCAUUCUCCCUCCACUACUGCUGCAGCACCAUCAGUAGCAAGCUCUACUUUUGCAGCACCGCCGUCACAUGCCUCGCAGCCACCAUCGCAGUGAUUGACCACCAACGCACAACGGGCUUCCUCAUAAUAAUAAUAAUAACGCUCAUUGUGUUUCGUUCCUUUUUGUACAUUUCUUGUUCAAUGCAGUACUUUUCAAUUCACCAGCUGCUCGUGAGUGGAUGGAUGGACGUAGAAAC